GAUUAGAUCAAGUUUAUAUUUUGUAUAGAUCUAUAUCUUAUAUUAUUAGAGAUAAAUCUUUGUAUUUAUUUGGUGGUUAUCUCCUCCCAAAAUAGUGGAGAGCCAUUUGUAUUUAUAGGGAUAUUGAUUCAAUGAAAAGGCAAGCAAUUAUACAAUCUUUCAUGGUAUCAAGAGGGUAAAAUACGGUCCUUCUUUCUGCCCUCAUACCUCCGCUGCCUACCUUCUCCUACUCUUCUUCUUUUCAUCUACGAUCCCUAUGGCCUCCAACCUGCACCCUGCAGUCACUGUUAAUAACAUUCGUACCCUUAUUCCAAUCACCCUUGACAUCGAAUCCGGGCAUUACACAACAUGGUCAGAACUUUUUAAAAUCCAGUGCAAAUCCUUUCAGGUGUAUGAUCACUUACAGCCUCGUACCACUUCUUCUUCAGCUGAGAAAGAUAAAGAUAAGGAACAAGCUCCUACCGAGAGUUGGGAACGAUUGGAUUCAAUUGUUCUUCAAUGGAUUUACGGAACAAUCUCUUCCGAUCUUCUUCACACCAUUCUAAAGCCCAACACCACCGCCUAUGACGCCUGGACCGCGUUAGCCAAUUUAUUCCAAGACAACAAAGCAACCAGAACAAUCGACCUCAACAACCGAUUUUCAAGCACUCGCCUUGAUCAGUUUCAGUCGAUGUCCGCCUACUGCCAAGCCAUGAAGAUUAUGUUUGACCAGCUAACCAACAUCGGCUCCUCCAUCACCGACGAACAACUGGUGUUACAAAUUCUCGCAGGUCUCACCGAACAAUACGAAAGCGUUGCUCUCAUCCUCCAAAAUACGAAACCCUUACCCAGCUUCUAUGAGACCCGCUCUCAACUGUGUAUGGCAGAAACCAGGAAAAUCAAUCAAGCAAAACAAGCCGCUCAGCUUGCUGGUACAGCCCUAACCGCCACAGCCAAUCGUAACUCCUCCUCUCGAUCUUCAGAUACUCGCCAGCCAGACAAUCGGACUGAUUCAUCGGAACGCACUCGUGGUCGCGGCCGUGGUAGGGGCCGCGGUAGGGGCAGAGGGUAUGCUUCUCGUGGACGCGGGAGCUGGAACUCUUCUGGAUCUUCGAUUUCUUCACAACAGGUGCCAUGGAAUUUCUCCUUUUCCCCUACGGCCGGUCAUUCUCAACAUAAUUGGGCUGGCCAUUUACAACAGCCAUGGGCCCCUUGGAUACCCCCUUGCCCUUAUCCAACUGUCCCCAAAACAAACAAUGCUGGGCCAGGUGUUUUAGGCCCACGACCAGCCCACAACUUUGCGGCUAAUCAGGCCCAGUCAACUGCAGAUGGCUAUACUCCAACAGAUCUGUCUCAGGCUCUAUAUCAUAUGGCACUUAAUCCUCCCGAACAAAACUGGACCAUGGACACAGGAUCUCAAGACCCGGACCCCUAUCCUACGAUGCAAUAGUUCCGGUGACCUCUACACAUUGGAUCCUACACAAGUUUCAAAGUUCACUUCACCAUCUACCUUUGUCGCUGUGACCCAAGAUCUUUGGC